GAAACAUUGUCGCAAGCAAAAGAAAAAAAAGAGUAGAAAGUGCACACAAGUGCAACUAUAAAAGCUACUGUGUUGCCUUUGUAACGCGUAUCACGAAUGCACUGAUUGUGAGAGAUGCAUUCGACAAUUUUCUCACGUGACUAGAGUAAACGCGUUCGUUUGACGGCUCUUCGCAUGCGUGUAUCGAAGAAAGAUUUCCACAUGAUUGUGUUAUAAAUAACGUGGCAUUGCUGGAUAAAUUAGUAAUAUAAUUAAUCAGAGGAUAUAUUAAUCAUUUGACAAGUAUUAUUUAAAAAUAAGACCGCACACAUGGCUGGCCAACAGCAUCCUUUCCUAUCUGGGUUUCCCAAUGUGCAGCAAUCUGCUAUGCGCACACAAUUUGGUGGCGGACAAAUGGUUUCUGGUUUGAUGGGCCCACAACAAGGCAAUAUGGUGAGCUCUCAGCAAUUUGGCAUGGGGGUUGGUGUUGGAGUAGGUGUUGGUAAUGUUGGAGCUAAUGCCAUGGGAAUGCCUAAUUCUCAACAAGUCUUGGCACAGCAACAACAACAGCAACAGUCUAUGGCAAUGCAACAACAAAUGCAGCAGAUGCAGCAGCAACAGUUACAAUUACAGCAGCAGCAACAGGCUGCAAUGGUUCAACAAAAUAAUCAAACUAAUAAUCAGGCUACAACACCACAGACACCAGUACCAGUAUCCACACAGCCACCACCGCGACAACAGCAGAAUAAAGAAUUCAACACCGUUAGUUUAUGUAAAUUUGGACAAGAGACCAUACAGGAAAUCGUCAGUCGUACCUUAGAGCUCUUCCAAACUCUUAAAGUUCUUCAACCACCUAAUGGUACUACACAAGGGUCGAAUAUAGCGAACGAAAAAAAGAAGAAAGUCUAUGAACAAUUGGAAAUGAUCAAAAUGAUGUUCAAACGUCUGAGACUGAUAUACGAAAAAUGUAACGAGAACUGUCAACUGCAAGGAAUGGAAUACACGCAUAUAGAAAGUUUAAUUCCAUUGAAGGAAGAAUGGGACAUGAAAUCUGAUGAAAAGAAGACUUCGGAAGCUUACAGACUCACAUGUGAAGAGAGGAAGGAAAUUAUGGAGCAAGUGGUAUUAAAGAAUAGGCACAUUAAGGAAAUAAUCGACCACUUAAGACGCAUUAUUUCCGAAAUAAACACAAUGUUAAAUAUGCGUCGAUCGUAGGUUACCAAAUAUAGAUAAUUACGUUUACAUAUUAUUCUAAAAAAACACAAAAAAUAAAUUUUUUUUUACAACA